AUGGAGGAUGAAGAACUGCAGCAGCAGCAGCAGCAGCAACUGCAGCAGCAGCAGCAGCAGCAUGAAGAGGAGCAGCAACAACAGAAGGAACGACAAGAACGUCUAGAUUCUGCUGCAUUUGCCUUUGGCAGCAGCAGCAGCAGCAGCAGCAGCAGCAGCAGACCAAUUACUGUUGAUGGCCGCAGCAAAAGCGAAUUUGAAGAAUUGCAUGUUAUUGGCAAAGGAGGGUUUGGUAGUGUUGUCAAGGUGCGUAAACGUCAAGGAGGAGGAGUAUUUGCAUUAAAAAAGAUAUCCUUAACAAUAGAAGAAAAAAAAGAAAAAAAAGAAAAAAAAGAAGAAAAUAAUUUGCUGCUGCUGCAGUCCUCCUUCUUAUCUCUUCGUGUUGCAGCAGAAGCAGCAACUCUUGCUGCACUCUCUCAUCCUAAUAUCGUACGGUAUUACGAUGCGUGGUUAGAGACAGCAAAGGAUGACUCAUCUCCUCGUAACCCCCAACUUCCUGAAGUAGCUGGAUAUUUAUACAUACUAAUGGAGUAUUGCCCAGGGAGAACACUAAGAGAGGCAAUAGAUUCAGGUAUGUUGCUUAAUAAGCCGCAGCAGCUGCAGCAGCAACUGCAGCAACUGCAGCAGGAGCAGGAACAGCAGCAGCAACCCCAGCAGCAACAGCAGCAAGACCAGCAGCAUGAUCAUCAAGAUCAGCACCAUCUCCCUAACCAUCAACAGCAGCAACAACAACAACAACAACAGCAGCAGCAGCAACAGCAGCAGCAGCAGCAGCAGCAGCAGCAGCAGCAGCAAGAGGAAGAAGAGGAAGAAGAAGAUGAUGAGGGUUUACUAGAGAAUUUAGUUAUAUGUAGAUGGAUAAUAACUAAGCAAUUAUUACAAGCUGUGGUGUAUAUACACCGUAAUAAUGUUAUACAUAGAGACAUUAAACCCUCUAAUAUAUUCCUUAAACCAUCAGAUAAAGGACCUCUUAUUGUUAAGGUGGGAGAUUUUGGCUUAACUCGCCCUGUGCGCCCUCAGCAGCCUGCAGAGUUAGAGGGGGGCCCCCAAGGGGGGCCCUCUGGGGGCCCCUUUGGGGCCCCCCCUUCGACUCCUUCUCCCUUGGGGGCCCCCAUGUUUAAACAUUUAUUAAAUAAUUCAUUAAGCAAAGGUGUUGGGACAUUGCACUACAUGGCGCCUGAGCAAGCUAAUAGUACCCAGUAUGGACAGAGUGCAGAUAUAUUUUCUUUAGGUGUUUGUUUAUUUGAAUUGUGGGCAAUUCCUUUCCCAACAGCAAUGGAGAGAUCAUUGGUCUUAGGUGCAUUAUCUCAGCAGAGUAAUGCAUGGCUGCAGCAGCAAAGGUUGCUGCUGCAGCAGCAGCUACUGCUGCAGCAAAUGCAGCAGCAGCAACAACAACAACAACAACAACAACAACAACAACAACAACAACAACAACAACAACAGAUACGGGAGGAGAAACAGGAGGAGGAGCAGGAGGCACAACAGGAGGAGGGAGGGGAAGAAGAAAAAGAACAAGGAGGAGGAGGAGGGAUAGAAAUAGAUACACAACAGAAACAACAGCAGCAACUUGCUGAGCAGCAGCAGCAGCAACAGCAGCAACAAGAACAAUUGCUGCUGCUACAAGAGAUGGAGAUGUUAAAGAGGCAGCAAAGACAGCAGCAAAAACAAAAGAAAGCUCGUGACAAGCAGCAACGUGCUGCAGUCCGUGCUGCUGCUGCUGCAGCAGCAGCAGCAGCAGCAGGAGCUGCAGCAGGGAAUAGCGCAGCAACCCCGGCACCUCCAGGAGCCGCAAAAACAGCAGCAAAACCGCAACAAGCAGCAGGAGGAGGAGCAGCAGGAGCAGCAGCAACAGGAGAAGAAGAGGAAGAAGAUUCUUUUGAUUUAUAUGGAUUUGUUUCCUGUUUUGUUCCUCGUGUUAUUGCUAAUCUUCUUGUUCCUCUGCUGCAGCGUAAACCCCAAGAUAGACCACAAGCAAGAGAUGUUCUUCAUUUAUUAAGAGAAUCUCCUUUUGGUACAGAAGCUGUACAGACAGUUGCGCAAUUAUUAAGACAAAAUGUCUCAAUAGAUCGAUUAAUUAACUUUUAUUCUUUUGAUGCUCAUAAACUUACUCUUCAAGGGGGCCCCUCUGCAUUACAGCUGCGUGAAGGGAGAGGGGAUUCAUCGCCUAGGGGUAAUGUUAUAUUGUCUCCUUCUCCUCGUUUAUCUGCUGCUGCUUCUGCUGCUCUUUGUCUCUCUGAUGGGGUCUUUAGACCCUUUGAGCUACCGCUGCUGCGUCCUGCGGCUGCUGUUGCUGCUGCUGCUGCUGGUACUGUUAAUACACGAACCAGUAGUACAGGCAACAGCAGCAGCGGCAGCAACAGCAGCAGCAGCAGCAGCAAAGGGGGGAGAGGGACACAGCAGCAGGGAUUACCUGAAUUAUUUAUUCCUUUUAAUUGCCUCUCUCCUUAUGCGGGCUUAGCAAUUAGUGAUUUGCAUGCAGCAGCUGCUGCUGCUGCUGCUGAUCUAGCAGAAAAUGCAGCUGCAACAGCAGCAGCAGCAGCAGCAGCCGCUGCUGCUGCAGAGAGGGAGGCCGAAACCCACACAGCUGCUGCUGCUGCUGAAAUGUCCCAAGAGUCCAUUGGGGCACAAAGCAGCAGCAGCAGCAGCAGCGGCAGCAGCAGCGGCAGCAAGAGCAGCGGUUCGUUGAAUGGUCGUUCAACGGAGGCAGCAGCAAGUGCCGCAGCAGCAGGUGCAGCAGCAGCGAUAGCAGCAAGUACAGCCGCAGCAGCAGCAGCAGACACAGCAGCAGCAGCAGCAAAAAAGGAGACAGAACAAGGGUUAUGUCUCCCUGGUUCUGUAUAUAGAGUAUUAGGUGCAGCAGCAACUCCUAUGUUGCUGCCCUUUGCUAUAUUACCUGCUGCUGCUGCAGCAGCAGCAGCAGCAGCAGCAGAAGAUCCUCCAAGCAGCAGAUCCCCAGUACAAAAGGCAUGUUAUAUAGGAAGCAGUUACCGCAGCAGCAGGAAGCAGCAGCAGCAGCAGCAGCCCCAAGCCUCCGUGUCUUGUGUCUAUCUGCUGCUGCUGCAUGCACCAUCUAUUGAUAUGUGGGCAUCUUCCUUAGAACUUUCUUCGGGUGUAUUGACAGCUUACUUCGAGGUAGAUGCUGCUGCUGCUGCUGCAGAUAUAUUAGCACCUGCUGCUGCUGCUGCAGCAGCAGCAGCAGCAGCAGGAAAGGAGCCACAUGAAUAUUUUACUAUGUUAUGGACAUGCUCGGCUUUCUUACCCGUCAUACUUGAAUUCGCCUUCGAUGUGGCUCCUGAAUCUGUUAUGUCAUUAGAUGUAUGGCUACGAGCAACUGCUGCUGCUGGCUUGCUGACGGAGGGUUUGCUGCUGCAGCAGCUGCAGGCAGUAGAGGCAGCAAGAGUAGGGGCAUUAAGUUUUGAUGCUUCUCCUGCAGCAGAGAUGCUGCAGCAGCAGCACCUGCUGCUGCAGCAGCAGCAGCACACAGCUAUGAUGUGGGCAGAGCAGGAGCCCUCUGCAGACCUCAGAAAUCGAUGCAGCAGACUGUGGAAGCUUCUCACCCUCACACACGAGGAUGCAUCCGAGUUUGUUGCUGCUGCGCGUCCUUUGCUGCGGCAGCGGGAGCCUGAGGAGUUGUCAAUUGCUUCCUCCUCUUCUGCUGCUGCUUCUGCUGCUGCUGCUGCUGCUGCAUCGGAGGUAGCUGACGAAGAUAUAAUGGAUCCACCUCUGCACCGCUGCGUAGAGGAGCAGCUGCAGAGGCUGCUGCUGCUGCAGCAUUUGCUGCAGGAGAUUGAGGGUUUCGAAGGGCCGCAGCAGCUAGUGUUUACGUUGCUGCUGCCUGUAGACCGCAGCAGCUGCAGCAGCGGCUUCUUCUUUUGUAUCUUGGGUUCUGUGGUGCAGCAGCAGCAGCAGCCGAGCAAGCAGCAGCAGCAGCAGCAACACAAACAACAAUACCAAUACAAUAAGCAGCAGCAACAGCAACAGCAGCAGCAGCAGCAAACAAAAUUUAGAGAAGUGUUUGCUGUUGGUGGCAGAUGCGAUAGACUUAUGCGCCAGGCUAAAGGGGGAGAUGGGCCAGCAGCAGCAGCAGCAGCUGCUGCUGCUGCUGCUGCUGCUGCUAUUUUUGUUGAAGUAGAUAUUGACUGUCUCUGUUCUAGGCUGCUUCAGAUCCAGCAGCAGCAGCCAGAGUCCCCUGCAGCAGCAGCAGCAGCUGCUGCUGCUGCUGCUGCGCUCACUCCAGUAUGGAACGAAUCCAACAGCAGCAACAGCAACAGCAACAGCAGCAGCAGCAACACCGGCAGCAAACGCAGCAGCUGUGACACUGCCAGCAGCAGCCAAAGUAGCAGCAGUGCUAGCAGCAGCAGUAGUAGUAGUAGUAGUAGUGCUAGCAGCAGCAGUAGCAGCAGCAGCAGCAGUAGCAGCAGCUACUGCAUGAGCAACAGCAGCACAAGCAGCAACCUCCAUGAUGUUGCUGCUGGAUGGACGUUUGACCGCAUGGAGGAUGUGGCGAUGUUUCUCCUCACGAAGUCGUCAACUGUAUAA